AUGGAGCAGGAGAACCACACCAGAGGCCGGGAGUUCAUUCUGCUGGGGUUCCCGACCAUCCUGGAGCUGCAGGUGCUGCUCUUUGUGGUAUUCCUCACCGUGUACCUGCUGACCCUCCUGCAGAACGUGGUCAUCAUCACCCUGAUCAGGACAAACCAUCACCUCCACAAGCCUAUGUAUUUCUUCCUCAGUCACUUCUCCUUCCUGGAGGUUUGGUACAUCUCGGUCACCGUUCCAAAACUGCUGGUGAAUUUCCUGGCAGAGAAUGAGAGCAUCUCCUUCAUGGGCUGCAUGGCCCAGCUAUACAUAUUCAUCGCCCUGGUCUGCACCGAGUGCGUCCUCCUGGCCGUCAUGGCCUAUGACCACUAUGUGGCCAUCUGCCACCCGCUGCGCUACCCAGCCAUCAUGAGCCACCAACUCUGCCUGCAGCUGGCGGUGGGCUCCUGGCUGGCCGGCUUCCUCAUCUCCAUGCUGAAAGUCUUCUUCAUCUCCCGGCUGUCAUUCUGCGGCCCCAAUGUCAUCAACCACUUCUUCUGCGACAUCUCCCCGCUGCUCAACCUCUCCUGCACCAACAUGACGGUGGCGGAGAUGGUGGACUUUAACAACACCAGAUUCCAGGAGUUCAUCCUGAUGGGAUUCCCAACUGUCCCGGAGCUGCAAGUGCUUCUCUUCAUGGUAUUCUUGGUGACUUAUUUGCUGACUCUCCUGGAGAACGUGGUCAUCAUCACCCUGAUCAAGACAAAUGAUAACCUACACAAGCCCAUGUAUUUCUUCCUCAGCAACCUCUCCUUCCUGGAGGCCUGGUACAUCACAGUCACUGUCCCAAAACUGCUGGUUAAUUUCCUAUUGGAGAGCAAGAGCAUCUCCUUUGUGGGAUGCAUGACACAACUCUACUUCUUCAGCUCCCUCAUAUGCACCGAGUGCGUGCUCCUGGCCGUCAUGGCCUAUGACCGGUAUGUGGCCAUCUGCAACCCGCUGCGCUACCCAGUCAUGAUGACUCACCAGAUCUGCCUGCAGCUAGCAGUGGGCUCCUGGCUAGUGGGCUUCCUGGCUUCCAUGCUGAAGGUCAUCUUCAUCUCCCAGCUGUCGUUCUGCGGGUCCAAUGUCAUCAACCACUUCUUCUGUGAUAUCAGUCCUUUAUUGAACAUGGCCUGCACAGACAUGACAGUGGCAGAGAUAGUGGACUUCAUCCUGGCUUUGUUCAUCCUGCUGGUCCCACUGUCCAUCACCAUUGUCUCCUAUGUCUGCAUCAUCGGCACCAUCUUGCGCAUCCCCACCGCCCAGGGCAAGAGGAAGGCCUUCUCCACUUGCGCGUCCCACCUCACUGUGGUUGUCAUAUUCUUCUCAGCCACCCUCUUCAUGUAUGCCCGGCCCAAGAGGAUCCACCCUUUUGACUUGAACAAACUGGUUUCGGUGGUGUACACGAUCGUCACCCCCAUGCUAAACCCCUUCAUCUACUGCCUGAGGAACCAGGAAGUGAAGGGAGCUCUGAGGAGAGCUUUCUGUGGUGUGAAUGCUGUCCACAAGGUUCCUAUCCUGGUCACCAUCUCUCAGUAG